CGGGGGAGGAAGUAGUCAGUUGUAGACAAAUGCAUAUGUCACUGACGGAACGGGAGUAUCCACCCACACGCACACGCAGACUCACACUCUCGUCGCUUCUGACCAACUUUCUCUCUGCGUCGUCUCUUUGGCUGCAAUAGAAACUCUCACUGAAACCCUGAGCAAACGCUCGUCCCCACUGGUCCUCCAGGCGUUUGGACAUAGCAGGGUCCUCUGGGGCUGAAGUCCGUAACAUGGACAACAAGGCUGAUGUAAAGGCCAUCAUGGCUCGCUUCCAAGCGAGUGGGUCGAGCGUUGAUGAGACCUCGUCCACACCCACUGGGCGAACCAAGCAGCCCGUGCACCCCACGUUCUCCGGCCCCACCGGCCACCCAAAGAAGCACGUUCUAGAGAGCCACUCGGAAACUGCGACACACGUUGCUCCUAAACCACCUUUUGUGAAGAAGGAAGCAGCGGAGGCACACGAGCCCAACAAAACCAAAGCCCUGGCUAACAGGUUUGCUAACAACCAGGAUGACACCAACGCCAGCAGCAAACCUUUUGGUGCCAAUAAACAGAUUGCCUCGAAGCUGCCUCUGUCACAGGCAUUUGAAAAUAAAGGCCCUGUGCAGAAGUCUCCUCUCAACAAGCCUCCUCUCAUUAACAGUUUAUCUGAUCCUAAACCCGCCUUUCCUAAACCACCGCCAGCUACAUCUUCCAAACCCAGCUGGAUAAAGGAAGACGGUGGCGGAGGUGUGGCGUCGGCUACGACCCCCACGCCCUCCAAAAUGCCUCCUUUACAGAAGCCCAGCAGUGUUCUGAAACUAUGGCAGCAAAACGAGGAACAGGCGGGAGCUAACGCAGACGCUGCGAAGCCUUCAGCUGUGGCAAACGCCACUCCCAAGCCUGUGUCCAACUUUCGGACGGCUCAGAACCUUUUCAACAAGGAGGACAAGAAUGGGCAACCAGAGAGCGGUGGCGCUAGCAAACCGUUCCUGGCUGCAAACAGCGCCACCCCUCCUCCUAAACCUCCAGCGCACAAAAAACCCAGUGUGAAGAGGCCGCCGAAGACCAACCUUCAGGACAGCAAUGCUAGUGACAAUACCCCUGCAGGGCCGAAGCGUAACCCCCUGCCCAACAGUUUGGCUUUGGGAGCUGCUCCUGCCAAACCUAACCGACCCCCCAAAGUCGACCUUGAGAACUUUAAAAGACGACCCGAGCCCUCCGAUGACGGUCCUGGUGCCCUUAAGAAACCCACCCCCCCAACUCCUCCAGCCUUUCACCCCAGUAACCAUGUGAGCUCUGCUCAAAACCCCAGCCUGCCCCCAGGUCACCCUAACCUCAUAACCCAGGACAUCUAUGACGAUGUUGAUGGAGUCAACCCUGACUGUCCUCCACCUCCACCACCAGGUCGCCCAGGCCUGAGGGCAAAGGAGGAGGUUGAUGAUGAUGAUGGUGAGAUGUACGAAGAUCUUGAUGAAAGAUGGGAAGUGGUUGAAAAGCAAGAGAAGAAGAAUCAGGAGAAAGAGGAGAAGAAGCGACUGGAAGCUGAGAAGAAGGAACAAAGGGAGCGUGACAAAAAGGAACAAGAUGCCAGGAAGAAAUUCAAGUUGGUCGGCCCCUUGGAGGUUGUCCAUCAGGGAAAGGCCGGUGUGGACUGCAAAGGCAGUAAAACUGACCUUGCUUUGAAACAAGGGGACUGCCUGGACAUCAUCCGGGUACAUGGCAACCCAGAGGGAAAAUGGCUGGGACGAUCGCAGGAUGGAUCCAUUGGUUAUGUAAAGACCACUUCAGUGCAAAUUGACUAUAACAGUCUAAAGAAGAAUCGUCAAACUCAGCCAGAAGAUGAACCUGAGGUCUAUGAUGACAUCGAUACUGUUUCUGAUAACAGUGGGGGUAAAGCUGGAGUUGUCCUACCCCCACCACCAGGGGAGGAGGGAGAAAUAUAUGAUGAUGUGGUUGAUCCAAACUUGGACAUCAGGUCUCCUCCUAUGAAGCCCCUUAGCUUCCUACGCAUGUUUGACCGGAGCAGACGUCUUACCAGCUCUAAAGAAGUGCCUCCACCCAGCCAGUUUUCUGCAGAGGGGAAAACAGAUAAACCAGGCGCUCCAAUUGAUGAGGAGAUAUACGAUGAUGUUGACUCCCAAACGUUUCCUACACCUCCCCCCAUCAGCAGUCUUCCACCACUAAAAGCCAAAAGCAAAAUUGAAGAGAUUGAUCCAAAGAAGCAGAAAAAGUUUGAGAAAGAAGAGAAGGAAUUCAGGAAAAAGUUCAAAUAUGACGGAGACAUACAGGUGCAGUACCAGGUGACCAUCAACCAAACACUUACUACUAAAAAGUGGAGUGGGAAGGACCUGACAAUCAAAGCAGGGGAAAAGCUUGAUGUCAUUGAUAAAGCCAUGGAUAACAAACUGCUCUGUCGGAACGAGGACGGCAAAUUUGGUUAUGUUUUGAGGAGCUACAUUAUGGAUGAUGGGGACAUCUAUGAUGAUAUUGGAGAUGACUGCAUCUAUGACAACGAUUGAGAAACAUCCUGCUCUGCGGUUAUUGUUUUAUUGUGUCUUAUUUAUUCUGUUUUUUGAGGAUACACAUGCUUUGGGUUAUCCUGACAAUUACACUGAAUUGUCACUAAACUGAUCACUCCAUUAUUUUAUUAAUUAGUAUUUGCUGAAGAGAGAAAACAACUUGAACAACUUAAUCCUCAAAUAUUUUCUUUUUGACAAAGAAACUACAUCAAAACAAAACUUCUGUAUUUACUGUAAUUAUUUCACUUGCAUCUUCUUGGUUUUGUCAGAGAACAUUAGUUGGAACAACAGUAUUCACAUGUUUUAUACUAAUGUUUCCUUGUUAUUUUCCCACUGCUUUUAAAAACCACUGCACUGAAUUUACAAGCACGUGUCUGUUUGUGCUGCAAUAACAUAAGAACAGUUUUAUGAUAAAGAAAAGUUAGAAACAUUACCUUCUGUCCUGUUAUUAUCUGCUGUUCAUCUGCCUCAUCGAAACAGGUGUUAAUGUGCCAAAGUGUUUUGAACUGUACAUUAUCACUUUAUGUACAAUUAGAUAAAACAGAUUGUUUCAUUUUAAGAAUUAACUGUUAAAGCAAGAAUCUGUCGAUAGUGUGUGGUUCGCGGACAUUUGAGUGAUGUUUACACAUAUACUAUUUGUGCCAUGCUUGAACGAGUCAAUGGAAACUAUCUUAAGUGGCUGUUAUGUAAACCUGGAAAUUGUGGAGGCCAAGCGAAGACAUUCACAGUUCACAGUGGACUCAGCAGCAUCUGCUGGAGGUCACAAGCAACUACAACAUUAGCAACUGCCGAUUUGGGAUUUCAACGAGAUGUUCAAUGUCAGUUUAGUUAUUUCCUAAUAAAAUAAAACCAAAUCACACACGA